AGGCGGGGGUGGGGAAGCGCCGUGACCGCUCCCCGGGCCGAGCGACCCGCCGGGACCUUCCGGAGCGGACGCUCGGAGCCCGGCCUUCCCGCCGGCGCCCGCGCUGAUUGGCGCCCGCGGCGGCCCCGGCUCGCGCACCUGCCCAGCCCAGCCAAUCGGGGCCGCGGGAAUCGGGGCUGUCUUGGGGGGAGAGGGGGGUGCGUGGUGGGGGGGCAGAGGGGGAAGCUGAUGCUGCCGGCUGGAUGCUGAGCCGCUCUUCCCGCCGAGCUCCCGUCGGGCCCGCCCCACCCGGAGCCCCCUCGGCGCUGCGCCCCGCGCCCCGGGCCCCCUCGGCGCUGCGCUCCGGGCCCGCGCGCCUUAAUGCGGCAGCUCCCACCCGGCGGCUCCGGGGCUCCGCUGCCUGAGACGCGCCCCGACGGCUCCCGGAGCGGCCUGCCGCCGCCGCCGCCGCCCCCCGCCGCCCGCCGCCCUCGCCCGGAGCCCAGCGCCCCUGCCUGCCCGGGGAGUGCGUGGGCCGGCCCGGGCCGGGGGCAGCCCCUCUGAGGCAGGAUGUUCACGUCCAAGUCCAACUCGGUGUCGCCCUCGCCGUCCCUGGAGCAGGCGGACCCGGACGCGCUGGACAUCAGCACCAAAGUGCAGCUGUACGGCGUGCUGUGGAAGCGGCCCUUCGGGCGGCCGUCCGCCAAGUGGUCCCGCCGGUUCUUCAUCAUCAAAGAGAGCUUCCUUCUUUACUACUCGGAAAGUGAGAAAAAGAGCUUUGAAACCAAUAGACACUUCAAUAUACAUCCUAAGGGCGUCAUCCCCCUGGGGGGCUGCCUGGUGGAGGCCAAGGAGGAGCCCAGCAUGCCCUAUGCCAUGAAAAUCUCCCACCAGGACUUCCAUGUGCACCGGGGCCCCUCUUCCUGGCAGGGGAACAUCUUGCUGGCAGCGGAGUCUGAGUUUGAGCAGGCGCAGUGGCUGGAGAUGCUGCAGGAGUCGGGGAAGGUGACUUGGAAGAACGCCCAGCUGGGAGAGGCCAUGAUCAGGAGCCUGGAGGCCCAGGGGCUGCAGUUGGCCAAGGAGAAGCAGGAGUAUCUAGACAAGCUGAUGGAGGAGACCGAGGAACUCUGCCUGCAGAGGGAGCAGAGAGAGGAGCUCGAGCGCCUUAACCAGGUGCUGGAGGCUGAGAAGCAGCAGUUUGAGGAGGUGGUGCAGGAGCUGAGAAUGGAGCAGGAGCAGAUCAAGAGGGAGCUAGAACUGACUGCAAGAUGCCUCAGGGGUGUGGAGCAAGAGAAGAAGGAGCUGAGGCACUUCACAGAGUCCUUGCAGCAGACGCUGGAGGAGCUCUCCAUAGAGAAGAAGAAAACCCUGGAAAUGCUGGAGGAGAAUGAGAACCAACUGCAGACACUGGCCAAUCCGAGCGAGCAGCCCUCUCCCAGUGGGGGUCUCCAUAGCAACCUGAGGCAGAUCGAGGGGAAGAUGCAGCAGCUCUUGGAAGAGAAGCUCCUGGCAGAGAAGCGGAUGAAGGAGAACGAGGAGCGCUCGCGGGCCCUGGAGGAGGAGCGUGAGUUCUACUCCAGCCAGUCCCAGGCGCUGCAGACCUCGCUGCAGGAGCUCACCGCACAGAAGCAGCAGGCCGAGCAGGAGCUCAAGGCUGAGGUGAAGGUCCGCAUGGACCUGGAGAGGCGCCUGCGGGAGGCCGAGGCGGCCUUGAGGAGCCUGGAACAAGGGCUCAACUCCAAGGUGCGGAACAAGGAGAAGGAGGAGCGGAUGCGGGCUGACGUGAGCCAUCUGAAGAGGUUCUUCGAGGAGUGCAUCCGGAACGCCGAGCUGGAGGCCAAGAUGCCGGUCAUCAUGAAGAACUCGGUGUACAUCCACAAGGCGGCCACGCGCCGCAUCAAGAGCUGCCGUUUCCACCGGCGCCGGUCCAGCACCUGGAAUGACAUGAAGCCGUCCCAGUCCUUCAUGACCUCCCAGCUGGAAGCCAACAACAUAGAGGAGCUGAAGGAGGUGGCCAAGCGGCUGACCCGAGACCAGCGCUUCCGGGAAUCCAUCUACCACAUCAUGGUGACCCAGCCCGGACCGCCCUCAGCGCUCGCUCCUCCCCGGGGUGGAAAGUGAUGUCCGUGUCGUCGUCGUCCCCCCCCCCCCCCCCCCCCGCCCCGCUCCCUGCCUCCCAAGUCUUUCCCGGGGGACUGGGAAGACGUGCUGGGGGAGGCUGAUCCCCCCUGGCUUCUCUCAGCUCUCCUCUGGGCCCGCGCCUCACCCUCAAAGGACAGGGAUGCCACCUCCCUUACCACCCCUACCCAAGCCCUACCCUCGGGUCUAUGCCAGCACCUCUGGGUGCUGCCCGGCUGUCAGAGUGAGGCCAGGAAGAGGCCUGGCUGCACGUGGGCGUGAGGUGGGCAAGGCCCACAGCUCUCGGUCGUGCCCAGUCUACCUCUCUGUGACUCUGCCACCUGCGGGUCCUGGUGUGGGAAGGCUUCCCCUCCCCACCUUGAUCUUUGCUUCCCCGGGGGGCUCCCUAACCCUCUCUUUGCUUCAGCGACCCAUGGACAUCCCUCCGUCAUGGGCCCUCCCGUUGACUACAUUGUGAGGCAGAAAGAAAGACCUAGUGCAGCAGCUCUGGGUACAGGACACCCCCCACCCCACAGCACCACCUUUCCUGAGGCUGGGCCCUGGCUGUGGGCCCCAGCUCCCUCCCCUCCUCAGUGAGCUCACCCCUCUACAGCCUCAGACCUGUGGGGGUGAGGGAGCCCUCUCCUCCCCCUUCAUCCCGCUGCUUAGGUACGGAGGGCUCUGGGCCGGCUGGGAGCCGGGCAGCCGGGACACUCAGCUCUCCCAGAGGACACAGGGCAGUCGGGGAGCGGGUGAAGGCGGCCCUGGCGGCCCUGCUCCCUCCCAGCUGCCCCUGCUUUGGUGGCCUUACUCCCACCUCGCCCUGCAGAGGCUUUGCCCAGUGAAGCCGUGUGCCCAUGAACCCUGGAAGGUGGGGGCCUGGGCCGGUGAAAUGGCCAGUUGCCAUUGGUUGGCCCCGUGCCAUCAUGGGGGGCCCUGAUGACAUCCAUCGCAGCUUUUGUGGAAAACCACCACCCUCCGUGAGGCUGAGGGCGGUGCGUGUCCCUCACCCGUGGACAGCCCACCCAGCUCUUCUCCCUCUGGGCCACCCUCCACAGCUUCCCGAGUCUGCUGGUCUCUCCAGAAAGGGUCUCUCUGGGAUCAGGGGGCUCAGUAUGAAAGGUGCUGAUUCUCUGCUGCUUGGAAAACCGAGUGAGGAGCCCGGUCUGAGAGACAGACAGUGAAGCUAAGCUCAGUGGUCCCUCCUCAGGGGCGGGUAGACUUGGAUGGCUCCCGCCAAUCUCUUCAGAGUCUAGGUGGGGGCAGAAGGGGAGGCUUCAGAAUCAUCUAAAUAAAUCGGAUCUAAAUGUAAAACCUUUAAACACACCCGAAAAUAAUGUAUCUAAUAUGUAUGUGGGACGGACUUUGAAAUGAGGGGGAAGAUGGAUAAAAGCAAGAUUACUGUUUUAUUUUUUUGUUUCUUUGUUUUCAAAGAAUUUGGUUAAUAAUGGUUUGCUCUUAGAGAAAGAUCUUUUGGAAACUUUCAAAUGAAUUCUCCCUCCACGCCCCCGUCCCUCUGGGCAAAUUAUUAACCAGAAAGGAAAAUGAUUUUCCAAGCACAUUCAGCAAUCCCUAGUUUCUUUCCGUCUGCCUCAUCCUGUACUUAACCAUGCCUCACGCAAAUCUGGAUUCUCUUCAACCAACUGGUCAGUUUGUAAGUAUUUAUUUGUUAAAAAGUCACUAUGUUCCUAGCACUGCAAAUAGAAAAAGAGCAAAAUACUAUAUGAAAAUAUGCAAAGGUGGAAAUUGAUUACUGGAAAUAUAUUGAUUUUUUUUUUUUUUUAACGAAACCUUUUAUUCCUUGGCCUAUUAAAUGUUUCCUGCACUAUU